AUGAUCAUUGCAUCUGCCAUUGCCUUUGCUGUUUGGUACCUUUGCUUUCGUCCUACAUCUGCUUCUGCUUCUACCAGAGUCCCUAGCUUCUCUGGUGUGGCUGCUGUUCGUGCUGGUGGUUCUGGCAAAUCGGGAAGCUGGUCGGGCAAGAAGGACGUGGCGGCCGCCGCCGCCGAUGCUGGUGCUAAUCUCAUUCUCAUUUACGGUACUCAAACAGGUACCUCGGAAGACUUUGCUCAGCGUCUCGCUGCAGAGUCUCGUCGUCAUGCGUGUGUUCCUCUCGUUCUUGAUGUCGAUUCCAUCGAGUUUGAAUCGCUCGCGUCUCUGGGCGCAGAGGCUGUCGCCUGCUUUGUCGUCGCUACCUACGGCGAGGGCGAGCCGACAGACUCAGCUGUCGAGUUCCACGAGUGGUUGACCGAAGAAGCGGAUGAGGAUGCUCUCGAAGGCCUCCAGUUCACCGUCUUUGCCCUCGGCAACAAGACCUACGAGCACUACCAGUUUAUGGGCCGCUCCGUCGACGAGCACAUCGAGCGUCUCGGCGGCUCGCGCGUCUACGUCCGUGGUGAGGGUGAUGAGGACGGCCAGAUGGAGGAGGACUUUCUGGCGUGGCAGACCGAGCUCUGGCCGACCCUUGUCGAGGUCCUCGGCGUCGACCUCGACAUGGCCGACAACUCGCUCAUCCGCCUCUACGAGACCCGCAUCCUCCCAUCGCUUCCGCAGCCGCCGACCCCACCGGCCCCGGGCACUUUUGACGCACGCCACCCGUUCCCAGCCCUCAUCACCGCCAACGUCGAGCUCCAUGGCCAGGCAUCGGACCGCUCGUGUCGCCUUGUCCACUUUGACCUCUCCGGCUCAGGCCUCAGCUACGAGACCGGCGACCACCUCGGUGUCCUCCCGCACAACGACCCCGAGCUAGUUGACGCCGUCAUCGGCCGCCUCGGUUUUGACCCGGAGAUCGUGCUCGAGAUGCCGCCCGUCGACGCCGCCCAGAAGCCGUACUUUCCGGGUGCCACCACCUUCCGCAACGUCGUCACAAAGUAUGUCGACAUCACCACCCCGCCGUCGCGCUACGUCCUCCGCGCUCUCGCUGAGCUUGCCUCUGACGACGCCCAUCGCGCCGAGCUGGAGGACAUGGUUGACAUGCGCUCCGAGUCGGGCAAGGCCAAGUACAAGGCGUUUGUCGUCGACGGCUGCGCCACCAUCGACGACGUCCUCGCCCGCUUUGACUCGAUUGUCUUUGACGACAUGGGCUACUUUGUCGAGCUCAUGCCCAAGCUCAUCCCGCGCUACUACUCGAUCUCGUCGUCGCACAAGCAGCACCCGAACUCGGUUCACAUUACCGCCGUCGUUCUCCAGUACGUCUCGGCAUCGGGCCUCCUUCGCAAGGGCGUCGCCACAAACUACCUCGCUUCGCUCGCUCCGGGUGCAGACACCUGCGACAUCUUCAUCCGCACCUCGCACUUCCGCCCGCCGCCCAACCCGGCCACCCCGUGCAUCAUGGUCGGCCCGGGCACUGGCAUCGCCCCCUUCCGUGGCUUCCUCCAAGACCGCGACGCCGAUCGCGCCGCAGGUGCCGACCUCGGGCCCACCGUCCUCUUCUUUGGCUGCCGCACCCCUGACACCGACUACCUCUACGCCGACGAGCUCGACGCCUACCAGGCCUCAGGCACCCUCUCCUCGCUCCACAUCGCCUUCUCGCGUGUCGGCCCCUCCAAGAUCUACGUCCAGCACAAGAUUGCCGAGCACGCCGCACAGCCGAACAAGGCCAAGUACUACAUGGAGAAGCUCGCAAAGGCCGGCCGCUACCAGCAGGACGUUUGGUAA